UCUCCAGUGUGCCACUUCGGAAGUAGGUCACCGCUCGCCGAUUUGUUCACCGUGUCUUCGGCUACUGCUCGCAGAUAUGUAGCUCCGCGGCUCGACACGAGCAGCCCGACCGAAGCGAAACUAACCAGCAGCGAUUUGGAAAAAAAAAAAGGGGGGAGUUAAGUGUGUGUGCGUGUUUGUAUGUGUGUGUGUGUGGGUGGGGGUCUAGUUUUAAAAUCCCGAUGGGACACGGAAGCUACACGAUGAACCGCGGCGGAGAUGAUCGCUCCCGAAGCUUCUCCCAAACUCGUCCGUGAUUUGACUCUCCCGUGCGGACUGCUCGGAGCCCCUGCGAUGGAUUGAUCGAUUAUCGGGGGUUUUGGAGUCCUUUUUUUCUUUUUUUCACUUCGGAUCUCGGCGCUCCUGCCCCAGCAUGCUGUCACACUGACCGUGGCCAAAGAUUGGAUGGCAUCAGUUGAUGACUCAUGAUGAUUCCUGUUGACGGGCCGCUCUGAAUUCCAACCACUGUCGUAGAUGCAGUAUCUGCUCCAGGACGAGACCAUGGUGAAAGAUCAGCAAAAUCAGCAAGCAACAGGUGGGAAGUCCCACAGGGAAAAGAGAAGUGGAAUGAGAAAAAGGAAAGAGAGAAUGGAGGAGCAGAGAGGAAAGAAGCAGGGGAUGUCACACCAAUUUAGGAAGAAGACAUUGGCGGGGCGCAUGGGAGAUGCACUGGAUUGUUGUGUCCUGCUCACCCGUUUGGAAGAGAAAAGAGUUUUAGGCAAAGACUUGCGGAAAACUUGCAAAGAACCAAGCAGGCAAGUCAAAAAGAAGCAGGACUCCUCUGAAAGCAGGACCAAAUUUCACAAGUUGAAAAAAUCAGCUUCUCAACAAGCACUGAAACCAAAAAGUUGCAAAUCUGAAGCCUUACUCACGUGGCCGCCGCUUGUUACUGAGCCACGCAGGAGGAGAAUGGCCUCUCUCAAUGCAGAGGCAGUCAACAGCUUGCUGCUCUACAGGGCCGAUUCCCUUGCAUCCAAUCCCACUAAAAAAGAGCAGCCCUCAAAUGAAGCUCUGCCUAAAGGUGAGAGGAAAUCUCAUGGAGCCAAAAAGGUUCUCCGGCGAGGGAAAACACACUUGAGAGAAAGUAAUAAAAAACAGAAGCGGUCCACGGUGGAGACUCCGCCAGUCGACUGGUUGAGUCUGUUUGCCCCGACCCCUCGGCGUCAGGCAGGCCUCACCGCUGCAACACUGCUUAAACUCACCAGUUCCCUCUAUGGAAACAAGCGGCAAAAGAAGCAGGAGUCCAAGCCUGUGAGUGAAAGUAAGGCUAAGGAUUCAACUCAGGUUGAGAUUAGCGGUAAGCCUUUAAGUGGAGCAACACCGCAGACCAAAAGAAGAACAAAUCCAAAACACAAUGAGCAGCUAAAGCACAUUAAACAGGGUAAAGAGGAUCCAGUUCAUUCCCAACCAGGCUCUCCUGUCCAGGGAUGUUGUAGUCUCUGUAAGACGGGGGCUUUGGACCCAGAGUGGAAGUCAGGUGGACAAGAGUGUUUAAAGACACGCCACUGUGGCUCCACGCUAGGAUUCUCCUUAAAAACAAUCAAAGAAGAGCAGGAAGAGACCGAAGUGUCAACCUGCUAUUGCUGUACGCAAGAGAGGUGUGUCGAGUACUGCCACAGACUGGCCCUCUUCCUCAAAGAUAAGACCAUCAAGGAGCUGGACGACCAAGGCUCGGUCUCUGAGGUGUUCCAUCACCAUCACCACCACCACCACCACCAUCAUCAUCACCACCACCUCCAGACCAGCCACCCGGCAGCCAUAACCAUCACGCCACACACGUACACCUGUUUCCCCAGCUACUGUGUUCACUUUCGCCACCCGGACUCCUCACCAUCGUCCAUGACACCCCUCGCUUUAUGUCCAAAGAGCAGCAAAAGACCCAAACUGCUGCCCAGCUCCGGCACACCCCCCUCAGGGAUUUCUCAUUCAGUCUACUGCUGCACCUCCGUGGAAGCGUGCUAUGAAGAGCCCUGCAGGAUUAAUGGCUAUUCCACUUACGGCAGUGUCAUUCCGGCCAUUUCCAGGGGAGGUUGCAGCAAAUGCACCCAUGGCAUUAACAGAGAUGCCUACUCAUCAACCCUCAAAGACCAUCACAGCCUGUCCUCCGUCCCCAUCUGUCCCAGCCCAAGAAUCCGCACUGGCUGCCCCAUUCCCACUGUGCCUCCAGCCGGCCAAUCAGUGCCCCCGGUUCAGACUCCGUUGUCCGACCCGAGGCAACCGCAGCAGCCCCCCCUGAAUGUGGCCAGGGAGUGUCCGCAGAGUGCCAAGCCGCCCAGCGGGUCCAGGUCCAGCGCACGCAGCAGCGGCGGCAUCAGCCCGGUUGUGUUCCCACUCCAAAAGGAAAAGAAACAGAAGCUCGGUUCUGCCAGCGCCAGACGACAAGCGGUUGCCAAGCAGCCAAAGAACUGCCGCCAAAAGAGUACCAACGGCUGGCGACCAGUCGGCCUCCCCUUUGAAAAUGACGUUUUCUGUCUGGGAGAGGACACUCUGGUACCGAGGAAGUGCUUUCAAGGAGUCCAGAGGGACAGAGAGCUGAUUCGGGUCAGGGACACUGUCCUGCUGAAGUCUGGACCACGAAAAAAGUCCCUGCCUUAUGUGGCUAAGAUCUCAGCUCUGUGGGAGGAGCCUGAGACAGGAGAGUUGAUGAUGAGUUUGUUUUGGUACUACCGUCCAGAACACACGCAGGGGGGUCGCAAUCCCAAUGUGCAUUGUCAGAAUGAGAUCUUUGCGUCUCGUCACCAGGAUGUGAACAGUGUUGCCUGCAUUGAAGACAAAUGCUUUGUCCUAACACUGGCACAGUAUUGUCGAUUUUGUGCCUUGGUAAAACGCCGAGGGGAGGGCGUAUCCGACAGCGCCGCCUCUCUUCUGGUGCCGCCCAUCGUCUGCCCUGCCACACCCCGCCACCGCUGCGUGCCCGACGACGUCGAUCCGGGGCUGGUGUUUUUCUGUCGGCAUGUCUACGACUUCCGCUACGGACGCCUCCUCAAGAACCUGCAGUAGCGUCCGACAAAGGAAACGACACAUCCAACACGCUACUUACUACCAGAAGAGCCUGCUGAGGGAAGAGGUGGAGGGUUUUUGUUUGAAGGAUUGCAAUAUUAUUUUGUUUUCACCCAGACGCACACUUAUGAAGUAAGGUCUGACAUAUUGUAAUGUUGAAUCAUACAGGACUUCCUGGUAACGCUGCUGUGGUACUUUCUCCUGCAGGUUUUAGUAAUACGCCGCUUGACGGUAUAUUUGGAGAACGCAAUAUUUGCUUACCUACUAAAGAUGCAAAAAAUUAAGUGCCCCCAUAAAUUACUUUUUUUGUGUUGUCCACUUAAGAGGACUUGCUGAUGGACAACAUCUGGCAACCAGUGGAUAUACUUUUAUAAAUGACUCGAUCAUUUUUAAUAAAAUAAAUUAAGUUAAUAAGCUAAUAUAAUUUAUUUUUCAAAAUUACCCUAUGGUUGGUCCAGGGUGUGACCCGCCACUCGCUCAGCGUCAGCUAGGCUAGGCUCCAGUUUACUCUAAAAAGGGGAGGGAUCUUAGCAUACUGUAUACAAGCGCAACAAUAGACUCAAAAUGGUAAAUGGGUGACCUACUCACAGAAGCCACAAAAAAAAGCUGUUACUAAAAACAAUGGCUUUUGAAACACAUUUAGUGUCGGUAAUGAAGAAAAUGUUUCUAGCAGACGUUUACUGGACAGACCAUUUGAGGUAUAAUCGUCCUUCGCCACAUCAAAUUUUAUAGAUUUUUUAAAGCAUGUUCGACAUUUUUACCCUAAAUUAGGCAUUAUCAAGCAUAGAAACAGCAAAGUGGAGUAAUCAUAUCAAUACCACAGUAGUAUUGGUCACUAAACUAAUCAGAGCACGCUGUUCAGUAUGGUGGCUAAUGAUUGACUCAGCCUCCCCCAGCAUCACUACAGUAUAUUAAAUUAAAAGAUGUUAUUUGUUGUCUAGAGGGCUCUCAUAAUGUUUAAAAAACAUACAGUAUUCAAAAGGUCGGAAACUGUUUUUUAUGCUUUCUACUUUGUGGAAAUGAAUUGAGAGGCGACUGUACUACAUUUUCCUAGAAGUGACACGUAGCUUCACGUAGUUAGUGACCAGGUAAUAUACAGUAUGUUCCCUCCAAAAUCCAACUGAGUUGCUUUGGAAAGUGAAAAACCAAGCGGAGUGACUUAGAAUGCGGACUAUAUCGUACUCUGUGGCGGCGUCACGGCGGAGUGUAUAUUUGCGUUUUGUCAGUCGCCUGUAUUCUUUCGCUGUGAGUAAGUAGACGAUGUAUUCGCUGGUAGCAUUUAGACGGCGGUGAUGAUGCAUUCCUCCAUCUUUGAAGAGAAGAUAACAUAUUUAUUUCUGUAUGAAGAAAAUCUAUAAUUUAUUUUCAAAAGAAAGACUUGUAGACUCGUUAGUCUCUUGUUUUAGCUGCACUGUUUGCAAUAUUGGUGUUAGUGUGACUGAUGAGACCUUGUGGUGAUCUAUUCAAGUCCUCCCGGCAGGUUUCAUCAUAGUUUAAAGUCAUCUGCUUGAUCACAGGAAGGAGUUUGACUUCUUUUUUUCUUUUUCUUCACCUUCUCUGCUUUGCCUCCUCAUUUUUUUACUACAGACAAUGAUUUGUGCCCUUCAGCUUGCUGCCUUAUAGAACAUUCCCAGACUUUUAUUUGGAAAUGUGUUGGCUUUAUGAUGUUUUAGAUCUCACACACACACACACACACACACACACACACACACACACACACACUUUUUUUACUCAUCUAAUCUUUGGAGGCCUAAACUUAACAUGUCCACACUGCACACCUAAAACAUGCACACUCAUUGACGGGACAAACAAUAGCUUGAGAAUUAUCCUUAUUUAUUUUCAUGUGAAUGAGAAAGUACUUGUAUUUAAAUGAAUAGAAAAAAAUUUGCACAAAAGAUUAUUUUUUUUGCAUAAAUAUUGGCCUGUUUGUUGGCUUGGCGCACCUUUGUUAUUAUGCAACUUUAUUUUAAUAACAAUUUUUGCUUUAAGCCAUAACAGUGCUUUCCCUAGUGGCCAGAAAAAAAUGCACAAAUAUUUAGGUUAUCUUAAAAGUAAGCACAAAUUACCCACAACACAUGUCAAUUACCAAGCAAAUUCGAUUGUAUUUUUUAUUUUAAUCUCUAAUACAAAUAAGAAUUUAUGUGAUGUUGUGGCAUAAAACAAAAAUAUACAAUUUGGAAUAGUAUGCUCCUAUGUUGUACAGCUCCAAAAUAAAUGAUAAAUAAAUAUAGUAUUCAUUCAGCCAGUUCUCACAAUAAUUUAGUAGAAUUACAAUGCAAAAUGUCCAUGAUAAAAAAAUAAAAAGUGAACAAAUAAUGUAUAAUAUAUAUAAUUAAAUUUACAAUUAACAUUUAUGUGUUUUUUUGUUUUGUUUUUUUGGUGAAAAUAUUGGUUUGUUGGUACACCUUUUAUCAGAAUCAAAUGUAUUGGGCAAGUAUGUUUAACACAAUAAGAACAAUCAUAAAAAAUAUUUUUAAAACAUUAAUUAUGCAUUAAGCUGAUGUUUUAUUUAUCUUUCAUACUGGGCACAAAAAUAGAACAACAGGAAAUUCUUUAAAAAGUUUAGUUUUUAGUUUUAAUUGGGAAAAAAAUAUUCUGUUGCUGUUUUAAAUAAAGAAAAAAGACGUGAUAAAAGGAUGCUUGGCGACCAUAUUAAAAAUAAUUGAAUUUAAAUAAAUGUAUUACAUUGUUUUAAUUAACUUUCUUUUUAAGAAUUUAGUUUAAAAGUACAAAAUGUGUUCAUACUUUUUUUUUAAAUUUAAGGCAAAAGCACUUUUUAAUAGAGUACAAGUAGAAGAAAAGUUUUUUAGGUAUUGAUAUAGUUGAAGGUUGACUUUAAAAAUUGUUAUUAUUAACCCAAAUGUAAUAACAUGAUAGUUUUUGUAGCAAAAUACAGCACAACAUGUCCGCUUGCUACAUCAUUGAGUAUUUUGUUGCAGGAUUUAUCUUUUUUGUACCUUUAGACGCCAAUUUAGGAGGGGAAAAAAAGAAAAUUGGAAUACCUUCCUACUAAAUUCUGGUGAGAACACGUUGCUUUGUUUCCGCUCUGAUCUGACUGUGAAUGCAAGGUGACAGAUGAUUGCGGUUCGCAAGUUCAAGUCCUUUAAGAAAGUCCCACCGGGUGUUCUUCCAGUAUAGUGUGGCCUUAGGAGUCACUCAGCUCUUCUCGUUAAUCAACAUGUGAUACUAAAUGUCUUAAUUGGUCCUCUGUGCCUGUCCUUGUACGCCCAUAUUAACACACACACACACACCCACACACACCCAAAUAUAAAUACAUAUACAAAUGUUAUUUCCAGAAAGACAAAUGUGAGCAGUUAGUUUAUUUUGAUGUAUUACUUCCAAAUGCCUUUCUUUCCUUCCAGUCAGAUGACACUGGUCUGAUGUUGACUUGCACCAAAAAAAAAGGUAUCGAACAUGAACUGCUUAUCAUUCCUAUGUAAGUGUAGAAGAAUGUUCUAGCUAAAUGUCGGUUCUUCUGGUGUGAGUUUAUGUUCGUAUUCUCUGCAUGGCAUUUGGGAAGUACAGUAUCUCGGAAAUAUUAAUCACAGCACAGUUUAUUUGUAAUGAUUCCAAUGGACCUCUGUAAUAUAAGAAAAUAUUUAAUUGUAAUAAAUAAUAUAUGAGUUUGA